GUCGUUGUUUUUAGGGUGACAUGAACAUCAGGUAGAACCGAGCCGAGGACAGAGGAGUAAGUUAAAAACAGGUUCUGUGGUUUUAAAACAUCUCAAUGAUUUAUCCACUGUGUGCUCAGAGGAACAUUUGAGCUGUCUGAGAGUGGGUACACAAUGAGAAAAAUGUUGCUGAAGGCUGGUGUAUUUAGGUGAGGGGGUAAAAUAUUGGCAGAGGAGAGGUGGUGUCUGUACUUCUUGCUAAUCUCAGGGCUGAGCAUCCAGCAGUAGACAGAGGGAGGGACAGUUAAGACCAGGAUGAAAGUCUCAGAGACAGGGAGAAGACCAUACCAGACCUGGGUUCAAAUAGUGGUUGAAAACCUUCAAAAUACUUUGAGCGUUUGCUCUAGCCUGCCUGGAAUGCCUUGUGGUCUGGGUUUGGGACUGUUCUAUUGGUUCAUUAAGACGGGCAAGUGCAAUCAAGCAUGGAUAAAGUAUUUGAAAUGAUUAACUAGUAUUUGAGCCCAGGUCUGGACUAUACACACCUCCAGGCAGUUCACCCUAAACAUGGCUAAGGAAAAUCGCGCUGCUUAGCUUUGGCAAACACCACAGCAAAUCUUAUACAAACACAGCUAGGAUCUGAUGCUCACCAGUCCUCAUUGACACCUACUGGGGGUUGUGUGUGUGUGUGUGUGUGUGUGUGUGUGUGUGUGCCCGUGUGUGUACAGUAGCAUUACUUCCACAGUAUCCCUUCUUAGUCAUCACUUAGGCUGGCCUCAGAAUCAAAUAAAAUUGCAGUGAGACAGUAAAGGAAGAGAAGAAAGUGGAGAAGCAGGAGACAGGAUGUCUUAGAAGGGACAGCCAAGGAUAUUUGGCAUGAACCACUGUAUUCUCCUCAGAGAGAGAGAGUACAGGGAGAACAUGUCCUUACAGAGAGGAGAGGGGGUCAAUUCCAGACACUGACCCAAGGAGAGAUUGGUCUGUCCACUAUCUCCUCCCAGGACUGGCUACUCAAGAUAUUAAAGGGAUUGGCUACUUACAAAGGCCAGUCAACCAAAAGGGACUGCUGCCCCAAACCCUAAGGAAAGAUUGAUCAGACUACUCUAUCUCCUCCAAGGUACUGCCAGUGUACUCAACAGAAAGCGUCUUUAUAUGGUAAACAGGGAGUGAGGACCGUCCAGGAAUUUCUGAGGAGUUCCAGGUCCAGCCCAGUUCUCACCAGGUGGAACAGCUUGACCUCAGCCUUCUCAGCACAGUCAGCUCCACUCAGUGUAAUGGAUGUGCUGAAUCUGUGGAGUGACGACCCAGAGGAGGUCCUACUAGAUCUGGGCUUCGGCUGUGACGAGCCUGACAUCUCUGGACGGAUCCCUGCCCGCUUCAUCAACAACCAGUCCAGCGCCCGGGGAAUCAACAUCCAGGUGUUCCUGGACGCCCAGAAGAACCGCAUGGACAUAGAGAACCCUGAUGUCAGCAAUAGGUUCAGGCAGUUGGAGGUGCUGCAGCAGGUUACCACUGCAUUCUCAUCCCUGGUCGGUGGUGCGUCUACAGACUCCGUCUCCGAGAGCGGAGUUCCAGCUUUAGCUUCAGCCGGGGCCAGGGAGAAGAGGAAGAGAAUGGGCAUGCUGCUCCGCCGGGUCUCCAGAAAAACCCUCAGCCAAACCCAGUUUCAGACACAAAACCAGACCCAGGACUCCCAGGACACAAACCCCACUCCCCACAGUCCUGUAACCCACUUACCGCAGCCCCUGGCUGGCCUCCCUGACAGGCGGACCCCGCUGAAACGAGCCAGACAGGGCCUGGCUGAGAGUAUAUGUCUGACCCCGCUGGCAGAGGAGCAAGGCCUAGCCUCGGAAGCACCAGAGCCCCACUCGGUCCACCAGGAGGGUGCACUCUGGCUGGAGGUGGGGAAGGAGUAUCAACCCCUGAUCUCCAGUGGUAUUCCAACCAGAAAGAAAAGUCCUGGGGAGGCCAGGGAGUCCUUUGAGAUGGAGGAGAUCCAGAGCUUUGAUGAGGGCAGUAUUUCUGGGAGCUACAUGGGAGCAUCCGACACCACAGCAGUGUGUGUGAUGAGGACUAACAGCUGCCAGUCUGACAGCAGUGGCUUCCUGGAAGAGCCCUUCAUCCCUUCCAUUACCCAGCAUCCCUCACCUGGACCCGAGCUCAUGAAGGCUUUGUCGGGAAUAUUUGGAGGCAGCACUGACAGCCAGAUCACUGUAAAAGGAGCUUCACCCCCCUCGUCCCCCCCAUCCACUUCCCUGGACCCUUCCCCUCCUUCCCUCUCCAUGUGCCACCCAAGACCCGAGUCUCCUCUAUACAGACCAGAGACAACAAGCCCUACAGAGGAGACACCCAGACACCAGGAUUCCCCCACACCCCACUCCCUCUCUGAUGCCUUGGAGAUGACUAACUCUGCUUUUGGAGCCAGGCCAAGCCUAAUGGAAAACACUGUCACUGAGGAAGAUGGAUUCUCUUCGGCCUGCGGUUCACCUUGUCAUAAGCCAGACUCUCCGUUACGGCACGUUAUUAUUAUCAUGAAAACAGAUAGAGAAACAGAACACUUUACUGUGGAAUCAGAGGAAGCUGUUCCAAUAGGAGGAGAGGAAAAGGACAUAGCGGAACAAAGUGGCAAUGUUCAGACAGGAACAGAGGCUGUUGGUGAUCAGGACACCGAUUGUUAUGGGUCACAUGAAGGCUCUCGGAUGAACUCGGUAGCUCUGGUGCAGAUGAAGAAAGAGACAGAGAUGAAGACGAAAGUACAGAUUAGUUCUGGUUUGGAAGGUCCAGUGUUGGGUCCUGUUGCUGUUCCUGAGGUGGUGAAUCAAGGCUCUGAGACUGGAUCUGUUUGUCAGGACCGGUACUCUGAAGAUCCUCUAUUAGGAUCUGACCCUAACUUCUCAGCAGAGCCUCUCCCUGCCUCCUCUCUCCCCCCAGCAGAGCCUCUCCCUGCCUCCUCUCUCCCCCCAGCAGAGCCUCUCUCUGCCUCCCUCCCCCCAGUGCACUGGGAAACAGGUGGCUCAAAGAUUUCAGAGGGAUCCUCAAGCUUGGUUGUCCAAGAGCCUGUCCCACCACUAUAUCAACCAGCAGACCCAUCGACAGACCCACCUCCAGGCCCAGCUUUAACCUCACCUUCAGAGCAAGUGUCACCUCCAUCCCCACCACCAUCUCCAUCCCCAGCCUCGUGGCCACACCAACCUCCAGCCUCAGCUUUUCCGGCAGCAUCCAGCUCAUCUCCAACCCAAGCCCAUUCCCCAAUCCCAAACCAUUCUCUAUCAGCCCUAACCACAACACCAACCCCAUCCUCAAUUCCAAACUCGCCAUCAGCCCAUUCCUUAACCGUAGCUCCAUCUCAAGCCCCAACUCCACUCGUCCCCCACAGUGGUGCUUUCAGGUCAGGCCGGUCUGUGUCUGUCCAGAUGCCCUCCUCCCUGCCCUCUGUCUCCCACUCUGCCCUCCGGAGAGGUGGCGUCCCCCACACCCCCUCCCCGCUCGGCCCUUCCUUCGAGCCCCGCCCCCUGACUGACCUGACGCUCCGGCAGAGGCGGAACUCCUUCUCCAGGAAGGCGUGGUCAGAUGCUGAUGUCUCCCACUUUGCAGAACACAGAAACACUGCGGUUGCCAUGGGAAAGGCAGUCAUGACACCUGAGAUGAUAUCCCUCCUGUCCCCCGUCCCCUCCCUGUCAUCGUCCAAUCGGUGGCUGUCUCGCGACGGUUCACGAAGAUCCGGAAGUUUCCAGAUGAAGUCCACCUCCUUGGACACGGGGCUGUGGCAGGAGGAAGAGGGGGAUGAAGUGGGGGAUGAGGAUAGACGGUGGGAACGAGCCCUGUUCUCUGGGCUUUCCUGCUGCUGCUCCUGUGAUAACCGCUGUAGCUGCUGUUCUCAGAACAAUCACCUCAAACCAUCCUCCGUUUCAGCUUUCCCUUAUUCCCUGGAUGAGCUGGAGGGGAUGAUGCACUGUAUGAGGAAGUUCCGCUGCGUCCUGACAGACAUCGAGGAACAGCUGUCAGAAGACCAGGCCUCGGUGUACAGCUCACUCUCUGACACUGACAGAGAUGAAGUGCGAGACAUCUUGGAGCUGAGGAAAGCUGUGAAACAGGAAGCAGGAGAGUUGGAACUGCAGCUCACUGACCUGGUUCAUCGCUAUGACGACAGCUUCAAAAUGAAGAUGCACAGACUACUCGAUGAACAAUCUCACCUCUACACCCAGCUAAGGCUCCUCCCCCUGAUCCCCAAGACCACCCCUGGCUCCGCCUCCUCUAGGAGCAUGGCCACUCAGUGCUGCCUGCUGCCCUGGCUGCCUUUGACGGACAUGUCCAGGCCACACCCCUCACCGCAGGCCACCUGGGAUUUGGAGUCCAGAUCAGCUCUGCCAGAUUCCAGUUCUAUGGGCCAGAGACUAAACCAUGGUUCUACCGGCACCAAGCCAGACAAACUGGACAUUGUGGGUUUCAUCCAGAGACUGAAGGAGUCCAUACGCCACUCUGUCAAUACUGACUCACUGGAGUAAAAGAGAGAUGCUGCUUCUGCUGUAGCUAACUGAAAAUGAUCUGCUGUCUAAGUUAUAGUGUGUCCAAUCAACCUGGACUCGGGUAGAUGUAACAUAAUAAACGUAAAUCUGUCUCCCUCCAGUUAGUAUGAUAUGUUAGGUGUGGUAAGGUAUGUAUUUCUUUGUGGAUGUCCAUCAUCCAUUUCUUAUGUUAUAAAUAACAAUUCAUAUGAUAUGUUACGAAUUGCAAUUUGUACAAUAUGUUACGAAUUUGCGAUUAAGUAUGAUAUGUCACAAAUUCCAGUUUGAUGUGGCUAACCCUAACAUUAAAGUAGCUAACGUUAACUAGGCUAAGGGUUAGCUAACAUGCUAAGUAGGUGCAAAAAGUAGUACGUUUCAAAAUAGCUAAUUAGCCUAAAUGCUCAAGUUGUCCGUGAUGAGAUCGGAAGACGCAACCUUAGAGGUGCUAGAAGUUUGCAUUAUAUGCCCACCUAUCCACCCCGACCCACCACCCUCCUUUUGUUUUUGCCUUAUGUAACCUUACCAAACAUACCAUAUCAUAUUCAUUUGAGUGUCCUGGAUUUACGUUGACUAUGUCUAGUCUAUGAAACCAGGCUGGUGUAAUCAAUGGAUUCUAUUACUACUAAAGUAGUCCAGUGUCCACAUAAUGAAUAAAGAGCACGAAUGCAUGAAAUCAUGUGUGCUUGUUCUAUAACGUGCCGAUCCAAUGCAUAA